AUGUGGUUACAAAAAGCGGGAGAAGAUGAUGAUAAAUGUCAAUAUGGAAGUGAAAUUGAUCCUAUUAUGAAUGGUAAGGUUAUAAACAUAUAUUCGGCUGAAUGGACAUAUCCGUAUAAGUCGGGUGUAAGAACAAGGAAAGUUAGGUUAAACCUACUUACUGAAUCAGCCGAAGCCGAUAGUCUUGAGCUACUUUUGAACGAG